AUGGACAAGUCCAAGUCACCGUAUGCACCCUAUCUCCACACCAACUACCCCCCUUCGGCCUCAGAAAUCCUUGAUAUAAAGAACUUUCUAACAGAACCACUCGGGCGUUUAUCUGCCUUGGAUGCCGAAAUCGAGCGGCUGGACUCGAUCAUCCGCGUCUUGUGUGACGAGCGUUGCGCUCUGAGUGAUGAGAUCGAGGCUCAUCAAGCACUUAUCUCUCCUUUUCGGCGACUGCCUCUCGAUAUAAUGGAGGAGAUCUUCACUCAUUGUCUUCCUACACAUCAUAACGCCGUCAUGAGUGUUGGCGAAGCUCCCCUCUUGCUGGGCCGCGUUUGCAGCGCAUGGAGAUCUAUCACUCUGGCAACUCCACGGCUUUGGGCAAGCCUUCACAUCCCGACGCCUACAGCAGAUCUUAGUCAGGCAUCCGUCCGCAAGUUGGCAGUACGCUGCGAAGCGGUGAGGGAAUGGUUCCUCCGUUCGGGGGAGGUUCCUCUCUCCAUUUCUCUUUACACUCCGAAUUUUUAUUAUUCUUGGGACAGUUCGCCUGAUUCUCUGGAGCACGUUGAUUUUUUUGGGAGAGUGUCAAGGCAGAUACUCCCUUUUAGCCGCCAAUGGAAGACAGUUUACCUCAGAGGAAUGGGAGGCUCCUUUACACAUACCCAAGAGAUCGUGGAGGGCGAUGUUCCAAUGCUGGAAUCCCUUUCCAUUGUCAACUUGAACAUGCCGAUGAUAGCUUCGGGGCCGCAAGAUUUUUCUCAAGCUGGGGAACCCUGGAAGAAAUCUUCGGGUCUUCUCUCAGCUCCAAAACUACGAAGCCUUUCUUUAACGAAUUUCGGAGAAAAUCCUCUCGGCUUGCCAGUAUGUUGGUCGCGGCUUACUCACCUCAAAUUGGACGCAGAUGGUUCAACCCAAUUCUCAGAAAGGCCAAGCGGCCUCAGGUACAGCCAAGUUGUCCAAGUAUUGAAGAAAUGCCCGCUGCUCGUUAGCUGCAGUUUCCGCCUUAGAAACACCAGAUUCAAUGAAAGUUUGGGGAACCCAUCAUCCAGUUUUGAAAUGCCGCCCAGCCAGUACACCCUUAGUCUCCCUCUUCUCCAGCACUUCUCCCUCAGCCUCACUGGCAGAUCAGAUGAAGCUUUCCUAAAAUACCUCGGUUUACCAGCUCUCCGUCAUUUGGAGGUCAAAGUUCAAAAGUCCGACCACGAGAUAUCAGAGAACCAGCGCUCCGUUUUGAUGGACUUCCUCUCACAGAAUGGUGUCAAGUUGAAAAAACUUUCCAUUGAGAUAUGGGCAAUGGAACAAGAUGAGCUUAUAUGUUGCUUGAAAUCAGUGCCAUUCGUCACCCAUCUCCAUCUCAAUAACUUUAAUCCUGGUUCUGUUGAUGAGGAAAUCGCUGACCGCCUCACCCCCUCUGGCAGUAACCCUGACUAUCUCUGCCCUUUGCUUGAAGAAUUUCAUUGCGAAGGGUCGCAAUGUGCAAGCUUUUCUGAAGCACAUUUGUUGUCCUUCGUUGUUCAGCGGCGUGUGUCCAAAAACGGGGGAGUGCUGAAACGAGUCCAUGUUAUCUUUCAUCGCAACCGUCCAGAGAAUAUAGAGGAGUUCUUUGCUUUUCCGGAAACCGUACUGGAAGGGGGGGACUAUAUUAAUUAUAAAUCUGAGGGGCUUGACUAUCGGGCUGACGCUCGCAUUUCUGUUGAAUCUGGGCUCGGACAUGAACCAAUUACAUUUGUGGAUGUCGAAUACGCGCUGGAGCCGUCAAUAGAUGGAUCCUUGUCUCCUUGGGAAGGCCUGGAUGGGCAUGACUACCACCCCGUGUCCUCCCCUCGUUUCACUCUUCGAAUGUAG